AAGAGCUUACCAUAUAUGGCUCAGGGUUUAUAAUAAGAAGUGGGGACAACAUUUGCGUGUUUAUUCGUAUCCCGACGUUUUAACGCAGUGCUAUCUAUCUCGAAGACGGCUUUCGAUUAGCAGUGUUCUCGUCGAAAGCUGUUACAAUACAGCUGUUUUAAGUUGAAAAACAACCCAAUGCAAGUGUAAUUAAUAAGAUCUUUUAUCAUUUGCGUCCCAAAGGACUUCAAGAAAGUGAUUGAGGAAGACGAUUGUUAUUUGAAUGUAGCUGUUUCCAAGCAAAUAACAUACAAUGGUAAACGUUUGACUUGAUAUCCCUAAGUCAAUAUCUUAAGGAGGAAAUAAUUCGCGUUUGAAAUUGUUAAGCCUAAAAAAAAAAACAUAACCGCGGCAAAUAAACAAGCGAGAAAAAAAAAGAAGCCGACAACUUCAAGAGGAAUUUAUCGUUCUUAUGGAACUUUUCUGCCAUCAUAUGUAAGGAAAACUGCAUCCCACAUGGAAAACUGACCUCGUUCGAUCCUUAUUUAUACAGUAAACAAAAGAAAGUACAUGAACCGACAUAAAGCCCAAAUAAAACAAAUAAAGGACACGUUUUGCAAUGGAGAAUUCAACUGAAGCCAGCGAUUCAAAUGACGGUCACUUAUCCACCUUGGAUAUAUUUCUCGCCGUGGGAUAUAUCGUCAUAUUCGUGUGCUCUGCGGUGGGAAACAGCCUCGUGAUGGCUGUUAUCUGGAAAAAUAGACGCAAAAAGAUGCGCUCUGUUAGCAGUAACUUUAUUUUUAGUAUGGCAGCCGCGGAUCUAGUCAUGACCGUUGGAAAUCUACCAGAAAGGGUAGUCCGCGCGUUGUCCCGAGAUCAGUGGCUAGUUGCGGGACUUCUUGGGAUUAUUAUUUGUAAGGUUGUGAACUUUGUUGAAAAGGUAUCCAUCAUUGUUUCGAUAUCAAACCUGACUUCAAUCGCAACGGAUCGCUUCUUCAAUGUCUUUUUCCCUCAUAAAAGAAUCAUAACAAUCAAGCGAUGUCAUAUAAUCAUCGUUUUGAUCUGGACACUCGCGUCGCUGUAUUGUUCCCCGAUAAUCUACUAUGCGAAUGUUAUCACUAAGGAAAGUAAGCUUCAAUGCAAGACAAGAACCCUGUUCCCUGCGUAUGCAGACUGGUUCCUCCUUUUUCUUUCAGUUCUCAUCAUCUCAUUAGUCACCGUAAUAGUACUCUACACUGCUAUUUGUAUAAGACUUCUGACUCGGAAGGUCCCCGGAAACCGAACUAAUGCCGAGAACUCGCCGACUGCACGAGUCAAUAGUAAGGUCCUGCGGAUGGUUACAGUGAUAGUGAUCGUUUUCUAUGUGUGCUUCACUCCGUAUUGGCUUAGUUGGAUAUUCUGCGCUUAUCCGUAUUCACCGAAGCUUUGUACACCGCAGUAUACGACUCUAGCGGUAUUGUUCUCUUAUAUCAACAUCGCUCUCAAUCCGAUCAUUUAUGUAUCAUUCAGCGGCAGCUUUCGUGAGGGAGUCAAAUCUCUAUUCAGAAAAGGCGGAAAAGUUCGUCCCGCGUCCAACAACGCGCACACAAUUUUGGCAGGAAUCGGGAUGAAAAACUUUGCAGUGCCAAACAAUCAAAUGGAAGCGAGUGGGGCUGUGGAAAGCGGGCUGCGAGACACUGGGGAGAGUGAGCAUAACAUAAUGGAGCAAAGGAGAAAGUACAUUGAUCCUGAGUUAACCCCAGAUUGAUUCGACCACUCGCGGCAAAAAAAAAAAAAAAAAACAGAAUCCACAUCAACUCGAGCGCAUGUUUCGUUUAUCAGGGGCGGUUAUAAUUGUUGUUUUCGUGAUCCACGAACGUUCUUUUUUGUUUAUCGUCAAUCGUGAUAGAAUGAACUGAAAUCCGUGAUUGCUACCUUCGCCGUGAUUCGCGAAUGGCGAAAUUUGAUCUGCGUGAAUCGAGACCUAUGCUCUUUAAAAUCCGUGAAUCGUGAUUUCCAAGUAAAGAUAGAUCCCUGUCGUCACCUUAUCCAGAUUAUCGUGAAACGUGAUGAUUUCCGAUUUUUAAAACUCGUGAUACGUGCAGGAACAUCUUACUGCCCCUUAUUUAUAUUGGCAAUAAAAGUGUGAUGUAGCAUGUAUGUCGUCAAUAAAAGAGAGGCGAUUAAGUGUCAAGUGAAAUGGCACCGAUGACUCGGGGGAGUUUAGAAUUUUGAAAUUCAUGUGGCAUGCACUAGCUACGGUUCACACUUUUUAAAGGGCCCUUGUCGGCCAUAUAUUUGUUGUUGUUGUUAUUGUUGUUGUUGUCUUCAUCCAAUAUUAUAAGAAGAAACAUCAACCACCUAUCUGUCGACAAAAAAUAAAAUCGUAUGCUUUAUUUGCCAAAA